AUGAAUACUACCACGAGUAGAAGUACUAGUACUACCAGUUCGAGUAUAAGCGGGGAAACGCAGACUCUGUUGGGUGAUUCCUCAUCAUCUGAUGAAGGAGGAGGACGCGUGAGUCCUGUUGUUAAGAAAUCAUCUUCCAACAAAAUGAGAGCGUACGGAGGCGCCGUCGGUGCGGUGUGCGCGACUGCCAUGGUCGCGUUGGCCGUCGCGAAUGGUGGAUCUGCUUCUUCUUUUACCGGUGGUGAUGUUACGGCGGCUGGUCGUGGAGUUCUUCCAAGACGAAUGGCAAUGUUAGGGAAAGGAGGGUCUGCUGCUUCCUCCUCCCUCAAAGCUGAGGUUGACGCUUCCGUCGAGACGAAAACAAAGUCUUCCAGAAAGAAGUCUUCCUCAUCAAAGUUGGCGAAAUCAGAGAACGAUGACAAGAAAAAAGACACAUCCAUUCUCGAAUCCGCGAAAUCUAUGCUCUCGUCGUUCAUGCACUCGCCGCCGGUGGAAGCGUUGGAGGAGAAGGGCGAAGAGUUGAAGGAGGAGGUGGAAGAGAAAGCGGCGGAGACUUUGACCUCGGAUUUGGAGAGCAAGAAGCAUCAUCAUCAGCACUCUUCGAAGAAGAAGGAAAAGAAGGAAGAGUUGGCGGCGGAAGAAGAGGCGAGCGAGGCGAUGGAGAAGGAAGAGCCGCCUUUGGUGGUGUCGUCUUCUUCUGGAAAAAAGACGAGGCACAGCGGUAAGAAGCACGAGAAAAAGGAGGAAGAAGUGCCGGAAGAAACGAAAGAGGCGAACGAAACGGUCGCUUCCUCUUCUUCUUCUUCGAAACACCAUCACCAUCUUUCGGAAAUGGCGACAGAAUCUGCCGAGGAAGACGCCGAAGUGCCGCCAGAGGCGCCGGCGAAGAAACACUCCUCGUCCUCCUCCCAAAAACACCAUAAAGAAGCUAAAGUAAAAGUAAAAGAAGCAAAAGAAGAAGCAAAAGAAGAAGCAAAAGAAUCAGAAAUGGUGGAAGACGAAACGAACGACGAUGAAGAAGAAGAAGAAGAAGAAGUAACGAAAAAAGAUGAAGAAUCUGCGGCGGAGCCAGAGGCCACUUCAUCGACGACGAGUACCAAAAAGUCUACGGUGACGGUCGAUGAAGCCAGCGGCGUGACGACGGUUGAGGAAAUCGAAGAAAUCGACGAUGAUGACAGCAGCAGCGGUCGCUCGGUCGAGGACAUCCAAGCUGAACUCGAGAAAGAUGCGGAAGAAGAAGAAGUGAAGAAAUACAAGCCAGACGAGGAUCAAGUGGAGGAAAUCAAAGCGGCCCGCGCCAAGGCGAAAAAAUUUCUCUCGGAAUCUGGCGAGUUCUUAACCUCCUUCGGCGUCGACGAUGAGGACGACGACACGACGAGCGAUAAAAAGGGUGACGCAGGUUUGGGCGAAAAAGAAGACGAAGAAGAAUCGAAAGUUGAUAAAAUUAAAGACAUGAACGCGUAUUUGGACAAUAUUUUAAGCGACGAUUACGAUGGAGGAGGAAAAGCGACGACGGAACAGGACAUGACGCCGGAGCAAGACAAGGCUGUCAAAGCUGAAAUCGCGUACGCAAUGGAUGAAUCGAAACCGGCCAUGACGGAUGCGCAAAAAGAUUUGAUGGCGAGCUACGAGUUGAUGAUGCACGUCGGCAACUAA